AGUUCGCCGACACGCAGAAGGACAAGGAGCAGCGGCGUCUGCAGCAGCAGCUGGCGCAGCAGAUGCAGCAGCUCAACAGUGCGACCACCUGGGGGAGCCUGACGGGCCUGGGGGGCCUCACUCCACAGUAUCUGGCACUGCUUCAGCAGGCGGCCUCCUCCGGUAACCUGGGCGCCUUCAGCGGGAUCCAGCAGAUGGCCGGUAUGAGUGCUCUGCAGUUGCAGAACUUGGCCACUUUAGCGGCGGCGGCGGCGGCAGCCCAAAACUCGGCCAGCCCCUCCACCGCAAACCCCCUGUCGUCCAACGCCGCCUCCCUGGGAGCGCUGGCCAGCCCAGCAGCAGGCACCACAGCCAGCUCCAAUGCCGGCGCUAUGAACUCUCUGACCUCUCUGGGCACCCUGCAGGGCCUGGCGGGCGCAACUGUUGGUCUGAACAACAUUAAUGCACUAGCAGUUGCUCAAAUGCUCUCAGGUAUGGCGGCUCUAAACGGAGGCCUGGGUGGUGCAGGGCUCACUAACGGAACGGCGGGCACCAUGGACGCGCUGACGCAGGCUUACUCAGGAAUCCAGCAGUACGCUGCCGCUGCACUGCCCACCCUCUACAGCCAGUCCCUGCUCCAACAGCAAGGGGCCGCCGGCAGUCAAAAAGAGGGUCCCGAAGGUGCCAACCUCUUCAUCUACCACCUGCCCCAAGAGUUUGGAGACCAGGACUUGCUGCAGAUGUUCAUGCCUUUCGGAAACGUGGUCUCUGCCAAAGUCUUCAUCGACAAACAGACAAACCUUAGCAAGUGCUUCGGCUUCGUCAGCUAUGACAAUCCCGUGUCAGCACAGGCUGCCAUCCAGGCCAUGAACGGCUUCCAGAUCGGCAUGAAGCGUCUGAAAGUGCAGCUGAAGCGAUCCAAGAAUGACAGCAAACCGUACUGAUCUUAGUACUAGGGUCUAUCUGCUCCCCCUGUUAGCACUGCUAGGGUAAGUCCCCCUCCCCCCAUUAAAAAAGAGAAUAAAUUUUUAAAAAAGAACAAGAAAAAAAUGAAAAAUGUCAAAACGACCUCUUUAACUAGAGUGUGGAUGUGAGAGUCGAGGUGGGGUUGAAAAAACAUAUUUAGAGGGAGGGGGAAACGACCUACAACCACCCAGAGGGAGGAACUUUUUUUUUCUGGCAUUUUUCAAUAUUUUUUUA